UGAACUAAAACUGGCAAUAGUUUUGUUGGAGCUUUUGCUUAUUGAGUGAGGAAGCACUUGACUGAUUUGAGACUAUUUUAUCCAACCUAACACUGGAGACAGGUUUCGCCAUAUUAUCUGAAACGUAUGCAGUAAGGGCAAGUAUUUAGCCUCCCAUUUUAAGAUAAUGUUGUUAGCACCAAGGUAGUUUAGUAGCCUACUGCUGCUGAAACGUCAACGUUAGCUAACGUCAGGAAACUAGGUAGCGACUGUAAUUCACAACGAAAGUUUAUGACAAAGUAUAAUAAGGGGUAAAGUAUAAAGUAUGUUAUGUCUUUGACUUAAGCUGUCAAUUAUAAGGUUAGUUAUGACGCACAAACGUCGGUCUACACAAUUUAUUCCUGAAUGAGUAGGCUUAGUAUUUACCCAUCUUACAAUCGGCGAAAUGCCUGAAGACAUAGUUAGAUAGCAGGGUAGGCUGUUCUCUGGAUCACGAAGAGCAGAGAGAAAUGGAAUCUAAGACCGUUUUGGUGACUGGAGGGGCUGGCUUUAUCGGGUCACAUCUCAUCAUCUCCCUGAAAGAGAAGUACCCAGACUGGAAGAUCAUCAACCUGGACAAUUUGGAUUACUGCUCAAGUUUACAGAAUCUUGUGAUUACUGAACUUGGCAAUAACUACAGGUUUAUUGAGGGGGAUAUAUGUGACCAACACUUUAUCAAACAUCUCUUUGCCACUGAGAAUAUUGACAUUGUCUUUCAUUUUGCUGCUCAAACUCAUGUGGAGGACUCUUUCCUGUUUCCAUCCAGAUUCAUGGCAGUGAAUGCAGAAGGCACACGCGUGUUACUGUCAGCAGCUCUGAAUUCUGGAGUUGAGAGAUUCAUUUUUGUGAGCACAGAUGAGGUGUAUGGAGCCAGCAGUGAUGAGGCCUUUGAUGAAUCAUGUCUUAAAAGACCAACAAAUCCCUAUGCUGUAUCCAAGGCUACAGCUGAAAACAUUGUAAUGUCAUUUUGGGAAAAUCACAACUUGCCUAUCAUCAUAACAAGGAGCAACAACAUUUAUGGACCACGGCAGCAUUAUGAAAAGGUCAUCCCAAGGUUCAUAUCCCUCCUUUUGGAAAACAAAAAAUGUACAAUUCAAGGUUCUGGCCUCCAGUCACGCCAUUUUCUAUUUGUGGAGGAUGUGACGGAUGCUUUCCUGACUGUGAUGGAGCAGGGCGUUUUGGGAGAGAUUUACAACAUUGGGACCGAUUUUGAGAUUCCUGUCAUCAAACUGGCCAGGGAGCUAGUGAGGAUGAUGAAACAGCCUUCAGAUGGUGAGCUUGAUGAUUGGCUGUUGUUUGUGAAGGAUAGGCCGCACAAUGACUUGAGGUACCCCAUUAGCUCAGAAAAGCUGCUCAAACUUGGGUGGAAGCCCAAGGUGUCGUGGAGGGAAGGGAUUCGAAGGACAAUCCAGUGGUAUGAAGACAACCCUGAUGUGUGGCCAUCAUCACAGAGUUUUCAGUCAACUCUACAGAAUUCAUCUCAAACCAGUGGCCUAAAAGUGAAGACACUCUAGAACAGUGCAGGACAUGAAAAAGGAAUGUGAUCUUUCAGAAAUGGUGAUGAAUACAAUACAAAUUGUGAUAUUUUGAAGCAGGUUUUUGUUUGGCAAGACAAGAAUAAAUAUUAUAACAUUAUUUAUAGUUUAUGAAGUUUAGAGCACAGAAGAUCACAGGCAUAACUGUGCUGAGCUGUCCAAAAUGUUUCUACUCCUUUCCAAAUACUGUUCAAAUACUUUUUUUGUACUCCACUGAUUUUUUGUAAAACGUGCUUUUAUCCAGUCUUGUCUUUUGCUCUCCAAUGUUGUCUUAGUGCAAUAAAAAGCAACAAAAACA